UUGAUGUUUAAUACAACUAAAAGUGUGUUUUAUUAGACGUUAUUGAUGUUUGUUAUUAAAUACCGAUGAAAUGUAUGUGAAAUCACUGUUUCGGCGGACACUCGCAAUGGCCACCAAUGUGUUGACCACCGCUGGACACAUACCGCGCAAUGCGGCCAUUGACUCAGCCAUUAGUAAACGAUUUAUGUGUGUCCGUCACAACUGUCUUCAGCUAACACUUGAUCGGCGAAGUCAUGAUAAUCACCGAAACAGUUCUCUACAGAAAUCUAUGUAUCCAUUGGUCACAAUCGGCGUCAAUCGAUGGCAUACUAGUGGUGGUCAGUCAUCCGAUAAGCCAAACAGUGAAGACAAAGUGUUUACAAUUCCUAACGUUUUAUGUAUGACUCGGAUAGCAAUGACACCAGUGAUCGGCAGUCUUGUCGUUGACCAACACUACACAAUUGCACUGUCAUUGUGUGCCAUCAGUUCAAUUACCGACCUUUUGGACGGCUAUAUUGCCCGACGCUUUAAUUCGGUGUCCAAAUUGGGUACAAUUUUAGAUCCAUUGGCCGACAAGUUUUUGGUGGCGACACUGACUAUAACACUGACUGUCGUUCAUUUGAUACCCGUGUGGUUAACUGUACUGAUCUUAUUGCGUGAUUCACUCAUACUAUCGUUGUCUAUGUAUUUAAUGCACCGAACAUUAAGUCCGCCGAAAACACUUAAACGAUUGUUUCACAUAUCGACCGAAAUGUCUAAAGAGCUGAAACCGACAUUUAUCUCAAAAAUCAAUACUGGCUUUCAGUUUUCAUUAGUGACCUUUGCGUUGGCCUCACCGGUAUUCGGUUAUGUAGAUCACUGGACACUUAGUGCCUUUCAAUGGGCUACCGGCGCCACUACACUAGCCUCGGGUCUCAAUUAUUUGAAAAAAUUGAAACAUUAAG